GGGUCAGCCUGCUCAACUGACAUUGUCAGUGACAACGGGCAAAGCGAAGGAGCUGAAGUCUGAGCUUUCAAAGUCCAUGGAGGCUGGAGAACUAAGGGGCUCGCCAGCCAAAUCUGCACAUUUCAGGUGCUAGAAAAGUGGAAGAAGCAAGGUUGCUUGAUUAUAUUAGUUGGGGCCCAAGGGAUAAUUCUGCCCCCAAGCACGACCGAAUGGCUUCCCAUGCGCGCAGGUCUAUGAGUCGGAGCCGGCAGUAUAGUGACUCAGGGGGCGAUCUGGAUGGGGACGCAACAAUGGGCCCCGAGACAGGGGCGCCGGGUCGGGCUGCCCCCUCCGGCAGGUCUGUUGAGCCGGAGGCGCCUGCGGACGUUUUGGUGGAGUUCAUUGUCGAAAAGCUGAAGCUGCUCAACUAUGAGAAGGAGUUCUGCAAACGGAGGCGACCUCCAUGGCCGCCCCUCGCGCGAACGUACUUUGCAUACCCGUCCAACAACGCAAACGAACAGCUCUUCUACUUCACAAGCCUGGUGACGUUUCUCCUCUCGCUCUCGGGAAGGCGCUUCAAGGAGCCCGGCCAGUUCGACGACCCAAACGCCACGUGUACCAAUAUCCUGAUGGAGCUCCAAAACCUGGGCUUCGCCCCUCCCAGCUUUCCACCCGCAAAGCUCAAGCAGGGCUACGGCGACGCGGUGUGUGGCGUGUUGGACGGACUCGCCAGCCUGGCGCUCGAGAAGCAGAAGUUCGUUUUCCGAGCGCCCGUCUACAAGUCCGAAAGUUAUCCGGAAGAAGCAGAAGCCGACGAGGAGGGGGACGAGGACGACAUCUUAGACGAGGCAAUGAUGCCGGAUCUGGACGACGAUGAUGACGCACUCGUCGGAGUGACGUCACGUGACACGGGGGCGGGCCCCAGCAUUGCACUGCAAGCGCCCCUCGAAUCGAAAGUCGAUCCCGCGGAAUGGAAGCUGGAGCUCGAACGCGUCGGGCCACAGCUCCGGCUGACUGUGGUCGCGGACGUGAAGGACUGGCGGACGCAUCUCGAGCAGGCGUCCCAGCAGCACGGCGAGAUUGCCAAGUCACUGCCGGAGGGUAAAGGACAACUAGACAAGGUUGAGUCGGAGGUCGCGGCCGCGCUCGAGAAGCUGAGCACGCGAGAAAAGUACAUCAACAGCCAGUUUGUCGAGCUGACGCAGGACUACCGGACGAAGCGCGACGUGCUGUCCGAGAAGCAGGAGGCGUACAACAAGAGCAUGGACAGCAUCGCCAAGCUCACGGACGAGCUCGCGCACAUCUCGGAGCGCCUAGAGAGCAUCAAGCAAACGAUGGACGAGCGAGGAAACGACAUCUCGGACAGCUCGCCGCUGGUCAAGAUCAAGAAAGCCAUUGAAGCCUUGAAAAGUGAGCUGAAGCAAAUGGAGGUGCGCAUUGGCGUGGCGGAGCACACUCUGCUGCAGGUGAACCUGAAAAGGCGCGACAAAGGAGCGUUGAAUGGCGCUUACAACAAGGAAGAACUGUACUGACCAGAUAUGUUCGGGCACCGUAUCGGUGAUGCGUAGGCUCUCUUAAUAGGCUCGCUAUUUAACAUUGAGGCGUUUAGACGUGGGUUGCACGUGUAUGUGACGAAGUACGACAAGCCGUGAAUGCCAAAAUGAGCAGCCAGUGUUUUGACGGCUACGAUGAACUGGAUCUCUUGAUGGACAUUGAAGUGCACUUUGCUUGUGGCUCAACCCGGUCAUGGCUCCAACCCCAAGCUGAUCUUUCGACAUCUUUCCCC